UUAUCAAAGGAUAUCAUUUUAGAACGUAUUGCCACUUGGCCAAGUGGUGCUAUGUUCACAAUGGUUUGUUCCUUUUGACAUUUCGAGUUCGAUGUAAAAGGACACGCGAACGUAGGCAAACUUUAGCCAACGUUCGCUUUCUUUUAUCAGUUAUGUCUCGAAAUAAACACCAUGAAGAGACGGACAAACUUACGCGUAUCGCUAUCGUGAAUGCGGAUCGCUGUAAGCCGAAGAGAUGUAGGCAGGAGUGCAAGAAGAGCUGCCCCGUGGUGCGUAUGGGCAAGCUUUGCAUCGAGGUGACGCCCAACGACAAGAUCGCCACCAUCUCCGAGGAGCUCUGCAUCGGAUGUGGUAUCUGUGUCAAGAAAUGUCCGUUUGAUGCAAUUACCAUCAUCAACAUCCCAUCUAACUUGGAGAAGCACACUACUCAUCGUUACUCCAAGAACUCGUUCAAGCUCCAUCGUCUGCCCAUCCCUCGGCCUGGUGAAGUCCUGGGUCUGGUCGGACAGAACGGUAUCGGCAAGUCAACUGCCCUGAAGAUUCUUGCCGGAAAACAGAAACCCAACUUGGGACGUUUUGCUGACCCCCCAGACUGGCAAGAGAUUCUGUCUCAUUUCCGCGGCUCUGAGCUCCAGAACUACUUCACCAAGAUCCUCGAAGAUGACCUUAAAGCCCUGAUCAAGCCUCAAUAUGUGGACCAAAUCCCUAAGGCUGUGAAGGGAACUGUAGGUCAACUCCUUGAUAAGAAAGAUGAAAGGAACAACCAGACUGAAAUAUGUAAAAUGCUUGAUCUAUCUCACAUUCGCGACCGUGAGAUCGCCGCGCUAUCUGGUGGAGAGCUACAGCGCUUUGCUUGCGCCAUGGUGUGCAUUCAAAACGGUGACAUCUUCAUGUUUGACGAGCCUUCCUCGUACUUGGAUGUCAAGCAGCGUCUUAACGCUGCCCGCACAAUUCGAUCACUCAUCCAUCCUGACAAGUUCAUCAUAGUGGUGGAGCACGACUUGUCAGUGCUGGACUACUUGUCCGACUUCAUUUGCUGUCUGUAUGGUGUUCCCGGUGCUUAUGGUGUUGUGACUAUGCCUUUCUCUGUUAGGGAAGGUAUUAAUAUAUUCCUUGAUGGGUUCGUACCCACUGAAAACAUGAGAUUCAGGACUGAAUCGUUAGUUUUUAAAGUAGCUGAGUCUGCUACUGAGGAAGAGAUCAAAAGGAUGAAUCACUAUGAAUAUCCUGCUAUGUCUAAAUUGAUGGGCGACUUCAGUUUGGAUGUACACCCUGGAGAAUUCUCAGAUUCUGAAAUUCUGGUGUUACUUGGAGAGAAUGGUACUGGUAAAACUACAUUCAUUAGAAUGUUGGCUGGCAACUUGGAACCUGAUGAAGGUUCGGGAACGCUCCCCCAGCUACACAUUAGUUAUAAGCCACAGAAGAUAUCGCCCAAGUCACAGGGGCUGGUGCGCAGUCUGCUGCACGACAAGAUUAGAGAUGCUUAUGUUCACCCACAGUUCAUCACAGACGUGAUGAAACCAAUGAAGAUUGAAGAGAUAAUGGACCAGGAGGUUCAGAACCUCUCUGGUGGUGAGUUGCAGAGAGUGGCGCUGGUGCUCUGCCUUGGCAAACCUGCCGAUGUGUACCUCAUUGACGAGCCAUCUGCCUACCUAGACUCUGAACAACGUUUGGUAGCUGCUAAAGUUAUAAAACGGUUCAUCCUCCACGCAAAGCGUACAGGUUUCGUAGUCGAGCACGACUUCAUAAUGGCGACGUACUUAGCGGACCGAGUGAUCGUGUUCGAGGGGACGCCGUCGUCUCACGCCACAGCUCACGCGCCGCAGUCGCUGCUCAACGGCAUGAACCGCUUCUUGGAACUGCUCGGCAUCACCUUCCGAAGGGACCCUAACAACUUUAGGCCGAGGAUAAACAAACAUGCUUCCGUUAAGGAUAUAGAACAGAAACGAGCAGGCCAAUACUUCUUCCUGGAAGAUUAGUGCUAACAACAUCUGUAUUUAUAUAUAUUGUAUCUGUCACAAUGGUGAUGGCCUGCCACCCGUGUAUUUCCAAUUAAAUGUAUUACUGUAAUAAAUCAUGUUUUAUACAACCACUUA